UCCACUCGGCUUUCGGCUGCUUAUGAUCCCCGCCCCUCUGACCGGCGCGCAGUCGGAGCUUCAUCCCGGUAUCGGAGCGCACACUGAGCCUCGCCGCCCGCCUCUCUGUCCUGCUCUUCUCCCCUCGCUUCAACCUCUUUCUGCGUUUUUGCCUCCUCCUUUUGAUCUCCUUGUUUUCUGCGUCGCUCCCUUCAGAUCCAUCCAUCCGUCUGUCUCCUCGUCUCCUCGUCUCUCCGGCAUGUCGCUGAAGGUCCAGACCAGCAAUGUGACCAACAAAACAGAUCCCAAGUCCAUAAACUCCCGGGUUUUUAUCGGUAACCUGAACACAGCCGUGGUGAAGAAGUCGGACGUGGAGACCAUCUUCUCGAAGUAUGGUCGGGUGCUUGGCUGCUCCGUGCACAAAGGUUACGCCUUCGUCCAGUACGCCAGCGAGAGGCACGCCAGAGGGGCGGUGAUCGGCGAGAACGGCAGGGUGCUGGCCGGACAGACGCUGGAUAUCAACAUGGCCGGAGAGCCGAAGCCAACCAGAUCCAAAGGCCUGAAGAGAUCAGCAGCUUCCCUCUACAGUGGAUAUGAGCUGGACUACGAUUACUACAGAGAAGACUUCUAUGACAGGUUGUUCGAGUACCGUGGCAGGGUGUCUCCGGUCCCGCGGGUGGUGCCUGUCAAACGCCCACGGGUGGCUGUGCCUUUGGUACGACGGGUCAAAUCUCUGCCUGUCAAACUGUUGGCACGCACCGCCUCUCUCCUCCCCACCAGCAACAGCAACAAACAGAGAUCGGUGAGAGGUACAGAGCUGCAGGCGAUAAAGUCUGAGCUGACUCAGAUUAAAGCCAACAUCGAAGCUUUGCUGGGCAGACUGGAACAGAUCACAGAAGACACACACAUCACCGCCACAGAGUUGAGGAAGGCAGAGGAGUGUAAGAGCGAGGAGGCGUGGCAGGACGGGGAGGAGUCGACUUCGGAGCUGGAGGACGAGGAGGACGAGGAGGAGGAGGAGCACAGACAGAACAGCGACGCUGAAGAGGAGGGGGAGGAAGAGGAAGAGGAGGAGGGAGAGCACACGCAGGAAGACUCCCACAACCAUAUUCCGGAGAACAGUCGCCUAUCACCAGAGCUGGAUGCUAUUCAUGCAUGAGAGGUGAGUGCGAUGACAAGAGAGGGAGAGAGAGAGAGAGCGAGAGAGAGAGAGAGAGAGAGAGAGAGCGCACUGUUGACAGACAGAGAACUGGAUAACAGCACAGAAAGGCCAUCAAACAGCAGGGAGAUCAAUAAAACACACACACACACACAGCAGAGAGACAAACUCAACAUUUUUAUCCGAGCCACGGGAAGAUACUAAAAACAGCGGGGAACUGCCAUAACACAUCAUAAAGUGAUGAGUUAUACACUUCAACACACGCACAGGAGAAGAAA